UCUUGUUCUUGUUUGGUUGUUCAUCUUCUUGUAGCUGUCUUCCUGAUCCUCUUCUUGUUCCUGUCUUCCUGUUCCUCUUCUUGUUCUGUUCUACCAGGCGACGAUGAGGACGACGUGGCUGCCGGAGCCGUGCCACUCGUCGGUAGCUCUGCUGCUCCCAUCAAUGUGGAUGCUGCCGGUGCCGGAGGUACCAUUCCACCUUCUACCCCAUCUUCUACCCCAACUACAUCAACGGGCACCAGUGUCCGCAAGGGGAAGCGGCGGUCUGCUGCCUGGAAUGACUUUGAGGAGUUGUUCCAGGAAGGCGCCAACGGGAAGAAGUCUCAUCUGCAAUUCCAUUCUGAUGGCUCAAUUAUUAAUUGGGAAUACAAGCCCGAUCUUGCUCGCAAAGAAUUGUGCCGGUUGAUUGCUAGACUUGAUCUUCCCCUAGGCUUUGGUGAGACAGAGGCAUUUGUGGAGUACAUCCAGCGUGCUCAUAACCCUCGUUUUGCUAAAGUUUCUAGACAGACCACUUCUAGAGAUCUUGCCAAGUUCUUUGCCGAGCGUCGUCUUUCUCUUGUUGAUACUUUGAAGUCUCAUGUUUCUUCUGUUUGUCUUACUUCUGAUAUUUGGUCAGGGAAUGCCAAGGAGGACUACCUUAGUGUUGUUGCACAUUUUGUUUCUGCUGAUUGGGAAUUAGAGAAGAGAGUCAUUGCUCUUAGGUUGAUUGAUUGCUCCCAUUCUGGUGUUAACAUUGCUGAGCGUAUUGAACAAGUUGUUUCUGAGUUUGGUUUACAGGAUAAAAUUUUCUCUAUCACACUUGACAAUGCUUCUGCUAAUACUUCUGCCAUGUCCACACUUAUUCCCAAAUUUGUUGGUUAUCUAGGUCCAGAUCCUGAACCUCUUGAUUCUGAUUCUGAUUCUGAUAAAGCACUUGUUGGUCUUUUGCAUCAACGUUGUGCAUGUCAUAUUAUCAAUCUCAUAGUCAAGUCUGGUUUGAAGAGGAUCAAGGCUUAUCUUGAGGCUUUUAGGACUGCAAUCUCUUUUUUGAACUCUUCUAAUCAACGCAUUGCAGCUUUCCAUAACUUCUGCAUUCUCAAGGGGGUACGCCCUCGUAAGUUUGGUUUAGAUAUGGAUGUGAGAUGGAAUUCUACAUAUCUCAUGCUCAAACAUCUACUACCAUAUAAGAAUGUCUUUUCUGUCUUUAUUUCUGCUCAUUAUGUGCACAAUGGCCAGCCACUUCUGACUGAAAACCAUUGGGUAAUUGCUGAGAAAAUUUUGCUGUUCCUUGAAAUGUUUUAUGAUUCCACUGUUGCUUUAUCUGGUGUUUACUAUCCUACAAGUCCUUUGAUGUUGCAUCAUAUUAUUGAGAUUGCUGGCCAUUUGCAUGGCCAAGAUUCUGAUCCAUUGCUCAGAAAUAUUGUUGUUCCCAUGAAGCUUAAGUUUCUCAAGUAUUGGCAGAACAUACCUCUGUUGUAUUCCUUUGCAUUCAUUUUGGAUCCUAGAGCCAAGGUGAGAGGUUUUCAUAAUGUUCUCCAACUUCUUUCUCAGACAGUUGGUGUUGAUUACUCUUCUUAUUUCACUGAGGUAAGAACUCAAUUACAUAAGUUGUUUAACAAGUAUGAAAACAAGUUUGGUGCAGUUCGAUCGCAAAGGCCCGCUCAACCUUCAGCUGCUACUGGUAAGAAAAGAACAGCAUGGGGUAAGAUCUUUGGUGGUCCUGGUACAUGUGGUUCUCCUGUUCUUUCAUCUACACCUCCUAUAUCUCCUGCUUCAGAGCUGUCAUCCUACCUGGACAGUGAUACUAUUUCUUGCUAUGAUGAUGACUUCAACAUACUUAGUUGGUGGCAUGAGCACAAGCUAUCCUAUCCUAUUUUGUCCAUAUUUGCUAAAGAUGUUAUGUCUGUUCCAGUUUCCACUGUUUCUUCGGAAUCUUGUUUUAGUCUAACUGGCAGGGUGAUUGAGGAGCGGCGCCGACGGUUGCUGCCUGAGAUGGUGGAGAUGCUGACCUGCCUCAAGGAUUGGGAGUUGGGAGAUGCAAGGGCCCAACAUGAUGUUGAGAAGGAGGUCAAUGAACUGGAGGAAACUUACAAAAGCCCCUACCCAGACAUGGAUGAAGGCCAAGCUACUCCUAGUCAGCCUACCCCAGGACCAGGAGCAACCUGAAGUCCUGAAGCCUGUUGUAUGUUGGCUGUUGCCUGUUGCUGUUGGACUUGGAGACUUGGAGACUUGACUUUGAAUGCCUGAUUGCCUGUUGCCUGUUGGAGCAUGGAGCUUGGCCAGUUGUUCAUUAGAUGUUAAUAUGUUUUGU